AUAGAAAACGCUUUAAAAAUAAGAAUCAAUAGGUUCUUCAGUUUGAAAUGUUUUAUUAGAAUUUAAGAAUCUCAAUUUUGAACUUUGAGUACGUUUUAAAAAAUGAUGCAAGGAAGCCGAUCUCCAGCAAGUUUUAGGGUUGCCUCAAUUCCAACAAAUCAAAUACAGGGUGUUCGGUUACCACCUGAGGAUGAUAUAAUAUUGCGUAAAGAUGCUUACCAGAGCCUUGCUAGGGUCAGAGAGAUACAACGGGUAGCUGCAGGAUUACAAUCUCCCUUGCUUGCCGGUGGUUCCAGCACUGUACAGUACAAGGAACCGGCCAUAAAACCUGGGGCGAACAUCCAGGCUUAUGAGAACCGUGGAGCAGUUUACCUGGCCCAGCUGGAGCAAAGGUUUGCUGCCAGAUCAACUUCAACAGAUCUGGAAAAUAUUCCAAAAUUGCCAAGAAAAAAAUUAAAAUUAAAAACUAAAAGACGACAGUCAAAAUCUGCUGGGGCUUCCCCGCCAUCCAGAGUUCCUAUUAUUAGUGUAAACGGAAGUGCAGUCCUGCCAGGUGAGCGGACCGGAAGUGGAUUGCCCCCUCCGGAAGCUGUAAAUAUCCAGCCCCCAGAUCAAACUAAAACUAUUUCAACAAUGCCAAAUUUUGUUCAAAGUCAAGUUGUCAAAUCCGACGUAACUCUGCAACAGCGACCAAACUCUCCCUUUACUCUGCGACAAAGACCAAACUCACCCUCUACCUUGCGACAGCGACCUGUCUCACCCUCUGCCCAGCGACAGCGACCCGUCUCACCCUCUACUCUGCGACAUCGACCCAUCUCCCCAAAACUAUCUGCUAACUUUACCUCACCAAUAAAAAUCUAUCCGAUCCAUAAUAACAAGACUGAAGGGUUUUGUCAAGAACUGUUUACGGACCAGGUCAGAGAUAGUUAUGGAACUAUGCAAGAUGUUUAUGGUCGUAGCAGCCCUGUAGUUGGGAGUAACGACCACCCUGCCAACUAUUCAGCAAACACUCAACUGAAAAUGAACUCCGCCAGACCACAGCAAGCAUACGAAAAGUCCACAGUACAAAAUUCUGUACAUUUUGGAAUCAGAAAAGUUGUAAAUGUGGAGCCCGUUCCAAAACUGGAGAAUGACCUCUAUGAGAAUGGGUUGAACCAGCUUGAGGAUGAAAUGAGAGAGAAAACCUCGAGGCUGACGGAGAACGCUCUGUUCAAUGCACAAAAGGAGUUGGAGGUUCUCUUACAGAGAUGUGAUGAUGUAUGCCUCCUACCUCCUGAAUUAUUAACAUCCUGCUCCCUGGUAACACUUCAACUUCUCUCUACAAUGCUUCAAAAUAAUAUUCAAGAAACAAGGCAACUGAGUCCGGGGGAAACUGUACCUGGAGCAGGACAGGACGGAAACAGUACAGAUCUCUGGGUAAUAGUGGAUCACAGGAGAAAGAGAGAAUCUAAACUUGGAAAACUUGAACCUCUACUUAGACUGGUUGAAGAUAUGUGGAGAAUGAGAGAGCUUUAUAUUCUACCUGGAGGUCAAAUAGCGGUCAGUACUGCUAUACAGCACAGGAUACAGAAAAUACUGCUUCAACUUCACACUCUAGACCUGUUGUUGGUGGAUAGAAAACUUGCGGUCAAUCUGGGUUUAAUACAUAAGGAGCUGUUGGAGAUGAGAUGGAGAAAGAAUGAGGAAAAUGGAGGUUCAGGUUUGAAGAAAGGAGAAGAGGAGAAGAGUUCAGGAAUAAUGUUGAAAAAUGAAAUUAUCAAAAUUGAUUCAAGAAUAAAACAGAUUUAUGAGGAGGUUGAGGAUCUAGGAACCAGUUUAUCUAUUUACCAACAUGAACUCCUACUUCUUAGACAGGAGCUGCAGAAAGCUGCCCAGCUGAGCAUGGUUAAACCACGAGGUGAUUUAUCCUGUCCUUCCUCGGAGCAGGUUCUAGCAGUAGAGAACGGUUUGAAACAGGUGCAGAGCAGAGCUGUUGGGUUACAUUCAUACAGACAGGAUAUCCUUUUAGCCAUCAAGGAAAUGCGAAAAUCUCCAAGCUUCAGUGAUAUUGAAUCCUUUCUUCAGCAAGAGAACAAACCUAACUCCUCCUAUCCUCAACCCUAUCUGGAGCCGACCUAUCCGAGCCCACAAUAUGACCCUUGGAGUGGAACUCACAGAGUUGGUGCCACCUCCCCUUCUCAAAGAGUGGGUUCCACCUCCCCCUCGGCAACUAUGCAAAGAGAUCCAGUACAUCUGUCAAUAACAACCCAGCCUCCAAACUGGCAGAAUUCAGCCUCCACACGACCUCAAGAGGUCUGCCGAAGAGCCCCUGGAACAGACCUUUAUUCAAAUGGUUUGACUCGACCGGCAAGUGCUCCGAUUCGGGGUCAAGAAAUAACUUCCAAAGAUGGCCAAACAAAUUCAAGAGACUGCAUGGAGAGAUUACUAAAACCUUCAGAUAUUCUUCGGUUAAAGACCCAAAAUGAGAUUAGUAAAAGCAUGAACUUGGCAAUCUCUUCCACAAGCAUUGUUCGAGCUAAUCCAGUCAAAACAAUCCCUUCAACUCAGAAUGAGGUUGUCCUAUCCUACCCAGGACGUCUUGACGUUGAAGCUGUACAGAAGGGUGUGGAUGAUAGCCAACGAUCUCGUGAUAAUACUGGAGCUUCACCGGAAAAUUCCAGCACUUUCCAUCAUUUUCCUAGCGAAAUACCCUUCGGAAACCUAGAAAGUAAAUCUGAAGGAAAAUUUACGGAGAAUUGGUUCAAUCUAAAUAAUACACUUCACAGAAGUAAAGAAGUUAAAUCACCUGAAGUUUCUCGCCUGUUAUCCCAUCAAUUCCAGUACACUGGGAAAUCUGGAAGUUUAGACAAAUUUAAUUCAAUGUCGUCUUCGUGCCAAUCCUUACCACCUUAUCUAGAAAGACCAUGUAGUGCGGCAUCCACAUGUUCCAACCAAUCAGAAGAGGAGAUGAUUGCUCUCAUUGAUCAGAUGACCAAUCAUAUGUUUGACACAGAGCAGGGGAACAAGAAAGACGACAUUUUAGACCGGCGCACAAAUUCUCUGCCAAGAAAUCCAAGAAAUCCUGAAAACGUGAGACCAAAUACUAUGCAUAAUUUACCUGGUGGCUCCUCAUUUCAAUCAAAAAGGCUUAAUAGUCUUGGCAGAAAAGAUGGUAACCCCUCUGCUUAUGAAAGACUUUUUGGAAAAGAAAAUCUAUCGAUGAAAGAUUUCCAGAAUUCAGUUCAGCAAAAUCAUUCUCUACCUAAACGGAAAGUGCCAAUCUUCAUUCAGAAAGCUGGAAGAAGAAAAGAAAAGUUGGUUGACAGGAAUUGCAGUUUACUUCCAGUUAAAAGUAAGCUUACAAGCUCUAGUCCUAGUCUAAUAAACAGAAGUUGUAUAAGUCCAGGAGCUGAUUAUUGUCCAGAUUACGUAAAGUCAAGUCAACAUACUGAAAGAAAGCUGGAUUCAAGUUGUAUCGACGGAGUUCUUGGAGCUCCAGAUAAAAUACAUAUUCCGCAGAGAUAUAUUCCGGAACAGGAGGAGAACGUCGGAGAAGAAGAGAGGAGAAAGAAAAUGGAGAAAGUAGAAAAUAUAAAAAAGAUGUUAGGUUGUUCUGAUCAGGUUAAUCAGUCUCUAUCCUUGAACCAGAUUAUAGCUAAGCAGGUCAUGCAGAGGAGUAGACGAAUUGCAGCUGACGCAGCCCGUUCCUCCGUUGUAAAUCCGGGAAAUCCUGAAGAUGAUGAAGACGAUCUUUCAGAUUCCUCGCCUGAUGUUCCACUUCCGCUUCGCCAGCAGAGAGAGAGCUUUCUCAUUUAAAAUUGCGCGUUUUCCAAAACUACUCGUGUUUCCCCACUCUCAUGUCUCGUUUUUAAAUUCAUAAAAUCCUUUUUGAUAACAAAUUGCUUGUUUAUAUUGCUUUUACAAAACUACAUGUGGUUUUUGAAUUCAAAAUUUUAGUUAUUUUCUGUAUUGUUAAAUUUUAAUGGGUUUCUACAGAAUAUGUGAUUUCAUGCCUCGCAUUUUUUUUCUUAAAAAUAUAAUGCAGAAGACAUCUCUGCAGAACCAAAUAAAAGUGUACAAACUACAAAUACAGCCAAAUUGUUUUAUCUUAAAAAGUGAUGGUUUGCUUAUUGUUUAAAUAAAUUUUUGCAACAUAAA